UGGACGCACUAUCUACGUAGCUUUUUUGCGGGGCGGGGUUGAUAAAGUCUACUGAUACUCGGCAGUCGGCACAAGUGUUGAGAUGAGGACAAAGGUUCAAUCGUCGAUGGUGUAGACUUGUGUUAAACUCAAAGUCAGGUAGUUUGGUGCUACGAAACGAAAUAGUUGUUUAGCUAGCAUAAGCUUUGUGUACUUUAUCGAGGUUGUUAUUUAUCCCACAGUAAGUUUAGCGUCAUUUGGAGCUUGUCAAAAGCAAGCUAGACUGAAAGGAAAUACUCCGAAAAUGCCUCCUAUUGACAAGGAUACCGGACGGAACGAACUUAAAACCAAAAUACAGCAGCUGAUUGAUUCAAAUCAAGUGCUUGUAUUCAGUAAAAGCUUCUGCCCGUAUUGUGUCAAGGUAAAAGAUCUUUUCAAAGAGCUGAACGUGAAGUGCAAUGUGGUGGAGUUGGAUCUUAUUGAUGGGGGUUCCAACUAUCAGGCUCUGCUGCUGGAGAUGACGGGGCAGAAAGCCGUCCCCAAUGUCUUCAUCAACAAGACUCACAUUGGCGGAUGUGACAAAACCAUGCAGGCCCACAGAGACGGUGUGCUGCAGCAACUGUUGUGCGUGGAGAAUGAGGUCUACGAUUACGACCUCAUAGUCAUCGGGGGCGGCUCCGGGGGUCUGGCCUGCUCAAAGGAGGCCGCUACUCUUGGGAAGAAGGUUAUGGUGCUAGACUAUGUGGUGCCAACACCCAAAGGAAACACCUGGGGUUUGGGGGGAACGUGUGUGAACGUGGGCUGUAUCCCCAAGAAGUUGAUGCACCAAACAGCCCUGCUAGGAACAGCCUUGCAGGAUGCUCGCAAGUUUGGCUGGGAGUACGAGGAUAUUGUCAAGCACAACUGGGAGACUAUGAAGACUUCUAUAAACAACUAUAUCGGUUCCCUGAACUGGGGCUACAGAGUAGCGCUGCGUGACAAGAACGUCAACUACGCCAACUCCUACGCUGAAUUCAUUGAACCACACAAAAUCAAGGCAACCAACAAGCGAGGGAAAGAGACCUUCCACACAGGAGCUAGUUUUGUCAUUGCCACAGGAGAGAGACCUCGCUACCUGGGUAUCCCUGGAGACAAGGAGUAUUGCAUCACCAGCGACGAUCUGUUCUCCCUGUCCUACUGCCCUGGUAAGACCCUGGUCAUCGGGGCGUCCUACGUGGCGCUGGAAUGUGGCGGCUUCCUUGCUGGCCUGGGCCUGGACGUCACCAUCAUGGUACGUUCCAUCUUGCUAAGGGGCUUUGACCAGGACAUGGCCAACCGCGCCGGCGAGCACAUGGAGGAGCACGGCGUCAAAUUCCUCCGGAAAUACGUCCCAGUCAAGGUGGAGGAGCUAGAGGCAGGCACUCCAGGGAGACUGAAAGUGACUGCCAAGUCAACAGACAGUGACGAGGUCAUUGAGGGAGAGUACAACACAGUUUUGAUAGCCGUUGGGCGUGAUGCAUGCACUGAUAAGAUCGGCCUGGACACAGCUGGUGUCAAUGUCAACCCCAAGAAUGGGAAGCUGCCGGUGAAUGGCGAGGAGCAGACCAACGUGCCCCACAUCUACGCAAUCGGUGACAUCCUGGAGGCCAAGUGGGAGCUGACACCCGUGGCCAUCCAGGCCGGCAAGCUCCUAGCACGCCGCCUCUUUGCUGGUGCAACACUCAAGUGUGACUACGUCAAUGUGCCCACCACAGUGUUCACCCCUCUGGAGUAUGGCGCCUGUGGCCUCUCUGAGGAGAGGGCUGUUGAACUCUACGGACAAGACAACAUUGAGGUGUACCACAGUCUGUUCUGGCCUCUGGAGUUCACUGUCCCCAACCGAGACAACAAUAAGUGUUACUCAAAGAUCAUCUGCAAUAAACUUGAUAACGACCGCGUGGUCGGGUUCCACUAUCUUGGUCCCAAUGCCGGCGAGGUGACCCAGGGCUAUGGAGUAGCCAUGAAGUGUGGCAUGACCAAAGACCAGCUGGACAACACCAUCGGCAUCCACCCCACCUGCGCCGAGAUUUUCACCACCAUGGAGGUGACCAAAAGUUCUGGCGGUGACAUCACCCAGGCGGGCUGCUGAGGUUAAACCCUGCUGGUUUAGCGGGCCAUCCUGUCCUCUACAUUUUAGAUCUCCCCACCUCCCUCUCACCUCAUAGGUCUGCAUCUCAACAGGCCCUCUCUCUUUGAGCAUACAGACCAAUAGUUUCUCAGGAAAACCCAUCAAGUCUGAACUAGAUUUGGGGGAAUGGUCAGUGUUUCGAUGAAGAUUGAGUCAAACACACUGGGAGGGGUAUGAUAUCAGAACUAUGAGGUUUAACAGGUGAGGUGGGUCUUACUUACAGGAUGGCCCAAGCUAAACAGCGGGGUUACUCUGAUGCUGUUUCUUACAGGACACCUUGUGCGCCACUCUUUGAGUAGCGCUGCCGCAUCAGUCACUGACUGACCAUGUGGUUGCCGUUUUUGACGUCUUGGCUCGAACUCAUACUUGUGGUGGGCUACGACUGAUAUCUCUCAAAGUAAGCGCCAUGGGGUGUACUGAACCCUUCGUCCAACUACCCAACUUAAACACUUCUUCACACAUACACGCACAUAAAUGGACACUUGUAAAAAAGACUCCUUUUAGUACAACAGAUAUCUUUGUUCAGUUGGCACACAACCGAGGUUUGACUAAAUGGAUAAAUCGCUCUACACUCCUGUGCUUGUUUUGGUAGAAGUUAAAUGUAUACAGGAAUGCCAUUUUUCCCGUUUUAGUCAUUAUUUUGUUUUCUGUCAACCCAUUAACAUUCCAGACAUUAUACAUUUUCAAGUUGUGUACUACUUCUGUGUCAGAAAGCACUCGUGGGGGACAAAAGUCCAUCUCUCCAUAUUGAGGUCAUCGUCACCUACCAAGGUGUUAACCAAAAAAAUCCAAGUUGUAAAGAAAAAUGAAGGCCAGAGGAAGAGCUGGUGAACCACAAGUCUUUAGAAUUUCUGGUUUGUGCAUUCUAUCAAAAUAAAUAGACUAGAACUGUUAAGAUAUCUGAAGGACAGACACACACCUGAAUUGUACUGAUGUUAAUGUUCCUGUUAUACAUUAAAAAAACGUCUUGCUAAGUUUUCAGUGGAGACUGAACUGAAUGUUUCUUUUUGUUUCAGUUUGAUUAUGCUGUUCAGUUUGAUCGCAAUGUGUGUAUGUAUGAUGUUUCAAAUACUUUGUAGUGGGCUAUAUUUAAGAGUAUAAAUUCCGACUGACUACUGUCUUUGAGUUCUGAAAGUCUACAAAAGGACAAAAUGGUCUCUUAUCACUGUUAGUAGAUUAACUUUAUUCAAAGACUUCAAUAAAAAUUAUCAACACACUAGCUCUA